AGAGAGAGAGAGAGAGAGAGUGGGGCUUUUAUGCCAUAUUCCUUCAAAAUCUCAUUGAAUUUCAGGGCAUCAUCUUGAAAGCCCGAAGCUUUUUUUGGUCAAGUCUGAGGUCUUUCAAGCUCUUUGUCAAAAGGGUGUCCUUGUAUGCAAUCUUAAUCCAUUUUUCUCUGAAAGUUUCUCAAAAUUUUUCGGGGUUUUGAAUUUUUUACUCAUAUUUUUGUUCACUAUUGAAAGUUAGAAGCUUUAGAUUUUAUGGGUUAUGAAGCUCAAGUCCAUAUUUCUCUGCCUGGAUAUGGAGGAUUCAUUGUCUCCAACUGGGUGCCUAGCUUUCUGUAUAAUUAGAAAUUAAUCCUUGUGCUUAUUAUUAUUAUUAUUUUUGGAUUUUAAUCAAUGUUUCCGCAACUGGGUAAUUCCUGGAAUUAAGUUUGGACUUCUUGAGAAAUUGGGUAAUUGUGGUUCAGACUAUUUCUCGAUUUUGAUAGUUCUGAGCAAUUUUACUGUGUUUGGAGAAAUCGGGUACGUUUUGAUAUGAUUUCUCCCUAGGAUUGUGCAGUUUGUGCAGGAGAAUCAACCGGAUUUCGGGUUCUCUUAAUAGGGUGGUUUUGGGGGUUGUUGGAUCAUUUAUUCAUAGCAUUUGUUAAGCUUAGACAGAACUGCAUAGAUUUUGGAAGCCAUGGAUAAUAUCAAUGAACUGUCAUCAUCCCUGAGCUUUUCCUCCUCAUCCUAUCUGUCAAAUGGGUCCAGUAGUAACCAUGUAUCUGCCUCUGCCUCGGCCAGUUCUCAACCCGCACCGAGUUUUGAACAUUAUUUGAGUCUAAGCAAACUGAGUGAUAAUCUUGAGAAACUGUUACUUGAUCAUGAGUAUGACUAUAGUGAUGCUGAGAUUGUUGUUGAGGGAGACACCGUGGGUGUCAAUCGGUGUAUAUUGGCUUCCCGGAGUCAGUUUUUUCAGGACCUUUUUAGGAAGGGGAGUGAUGAUGCGAAGAAGGAAGGUAAACCGAGGUAUCUCAUGUCUGAAUUGGUUCCAAACGGCAGGGUUGGCUACGAAGCCUUCAAGGUUUUCUUGAACUAUUUGUACACUGGGAAGCUUAAUCCAUCUCCUGGAGAAGUAUCCACGUGUGUUGAUGAUCGUUGUCCGCAUGAUGCGUGCGGCCCUGCUAUCAGUUACGCUGUGGAAUUGAUGUAUGCUUCUUCCACUUUCCAGAUGAAGGAGCUUGUUCAGCUUGUUCAGCGUCACCUUUCAAACUUUGUUGAGAAAGCGCUUGUUGAAGACGUAAUCCCAAUUCUUGUAGCUGCCUUCCACUGCCAACUGGAUCAGCUGCUCUCACACUGCAUCCAGAGGGUAGCAAGGUCAGAUCUUGACAACGUGGCUAUAGAGAAAGAGCUUCCGCAUGAAGUUUCAAAUGAUAUCAAAUUGAUCCGUCUCAAACAUCAGGAAAUGGAGCCGGUAGAGGAUAAGAGAAUCAGGAGUAUCCACAAGGCAUUAGACUCUGAUGAUGUUGAACUGGUUGGGCUUCUUCUGAAGGAAUCUGAUAUUACAUUAGAUGAGGCUUACGCUCUCCACUAUGCUGUUGCAUACUGUGAUCCUAAGGUUGUCAAGGAGGUUCUCGGUCUAGGCAAGGCUAACCCCAACCUCCGCAAUUCCCGAGGGCAUACUGUACUUCAUGUGGCAGCCAGACGUAAGCUGCCAUCAGUUCUUGUUCCUCUUCUGAAAUGGGGAGCCUCUGCCUCGGAAACUACUUUAGAUGGUCAAACUCCAGUUGCAAUUUGCCGGAGAUUGACUAGACCAAAGGAUUUUUUGGAGAACACACAGACGGGACAGGAAUCUAACAAAGACCGAAUGUGCAUCGGUCUUCUAGAGAGAGAGAUGCAGAGAAACUCAAUCUCUGGGAACAUGUCAAUCAUAUCGGAGGAGAUAGCCGAUGAUUUGCACGUGAGGCUGGACUAUCUAGAAGAUAGAGUGGCAUUUGCGCGGCUGUUGUUUCCUGCUGAGACCAAGCUUGCUAAGGAAAUGGCAGAUACUCAUUCAACAUCAGUGUACAGUGGCCUUACAGCAUCAAGAGGAUCAAGUGGGAACUUACGAGAGGUUGAUUUGAAUGAAACGCCCUCUGGACGCACCAAAAGACUCCAAACAAGAAUGCAAGCCCUUCUUAAUACUGUGGAAAUGGGGCGGCGUUUCUUCCCCAACUGCUCGGAAGUGCUUGAUAAGUUUUUGGACGAUGAGUUGGACAUGGCGGAUUUCAUCCUCGAAAAGGGCACUCCCGAAGAGCAAAGAAUCAAGAGGACGCGGUUCUUGGAACUUAAAGAAGAUGUACAGCAGGCAUUUUACAAGGACGUGGCUGAACAAAACCGGUCAGCUUCGUCAUUCUCGUCAUCGUCUUCAUCUUCCCCGAAGGAGGGGGUAAAUCGCAAGGUUAGGAAAAGGCGUUGAUUAUAUAUUUUGCAGUAAGCGGUGAGAGAUCUUGAUAAAUUUUAAGUUGUAUUUUUCCUUCCAAAUAGAAUGAGAUCUAUGAAUCUGUAAUUUAUAGCUUAAGGUAUUGGGAUUGUGCUUUUAUAUGCUUGUUUCUCAUGUUUUCAGUAUGUUCUAAUACUGUAUAAUCUAUAUGUCAUUCUAUUUUACAA